UGUCGUGUUCGCGAGUGUUAUAGUGAACAAAAUGUUCGUUCGUUUGCAUUUCCCAAAAAUCGGGAAUUAUUAAAUUUGUGGAAGGAGAAUUUGAGGAUCUCACCCUCAAUGCAAAUGCCAAUGCAUAAUUCAUUUGUAUGCAUUAAGCAUUUUGAGGAGGAUGCCGUGGGACCAAAAUAUCUCAAGAAUGGAGCGGUUCCAACUUUAAACUUGGGCUAUGAUGAUGUUCCACCGAACAAGUGGACCGAAAAAAAGAAAAAAAGGAGCUGCUGUAUCGAGAGCUGCGUGCCUAAGGAUAAAGUUAUACUUUUUGCGUUUCCUAGGGACGAAGAGACCCGUAAAAAUUGGGCCUUGGCUUGCAACGUGCAAGUGUCAAGCACUGACAGGGUUUUUCUUUGCCAACGCCAUUUUGAACCCACAUUGGUUGCAAAAUAUAAACUCUUGAAAGGGGCUUUUCCUUGCUUCAAUUUAGAGCCAGUAAAUAGAAGUCGCUCGCCUAGUGCUGGCUCUGAUUGGGUUUGCCCGCCCGUCACUGCAACUUAUAGUAAGGUAGUUAAGGAAGUAGAAGAAGAUUUAACUCUGGAAGAGUUUGAGAAAUAUUCGAUAUUAGAGGAAAACAGGCAGGCUAGUUAUAGUAAUCAGAUCUGCGUGGACUUAGAAACCACAACCACUCGCGAACGGUUUGCUCAGUCUGCUCGCUAUUAUCAGAGCAACGCGGUCAAAUUAAAUAAACGUAUUGAGGAGCUUGAAAAAGAAAAUAAUGACCUAAAAAAUAAAUAUUCUGAGUUGUUGAAACGUGCAAUAAUUGCGGAAGAAAGUUGUAGCAGCGAUGCUUUAACUUUUGCAAAAAUGAUCGUCAGUACCAAAAAAGGUUGGUAUAAUGAGGACGAAAAGGCUUUGGCACAAAAUUUGAACUAUAUGUCCACUAAAGCAUAUUCUUUUAUGCGUGACGAUCUAGGUUUUUGUUUACCACACAAAUCAUCUCUUUUGCGUUGGCGCCCCAUCAGGUAUGUUGUUCCAGGUUUCGAUGCCAAUGUCGUUAACAAUUUAAGCAAAAUUGCUAGCAAAAUGUCCGGCACAGAACGCAUAUGCAUUUUAUUAUUUGAUGAAAUGAGCAUCAAGCCGGAUCUUACUUAUAAUAAAAGUAGGGAUAUAAUUGAUGGGUUUGUGGACCAUGGGGAAGGCCAACGUCAAAGCAGAAUAGGGAACAAAUGUAGUGUUUUUAUGGUUAAAGGGUUGUGCUCUAAGUGGAAGUAUGUUUUUUCCUACUAUAUUUCCAAAAAUGGUGUUAAUGGUACAGAGUUACAUCAAAUUGUGAUGAGUAACAUUUCAGCAAUUACGAAAAUUGGACUGAAUAUAAAAGUUAUGAUUUGCGAUCAAGGGCCCGCGAAUAUAACUUUAUUUAAUCAAUUGAAGAUUUCUGAAAUUAACACCUUUUUCAUGCACGAAAACAAUAAAAUUUUUUGUAUGUUUGACUAUUGCCAUCUCAUAAAGUCCAUCCGUAAUGUAUUUAUGAAAUAUGAUAUUCCAACCGCUCAUGGCACUGCAAGCUUUAAGGUCAUUAGGAAGUUAUUUGAUAUUGAUCAAAAGAAUUCCAAUUUUAAAAUUUGCCCAAAAUUGACGGAGGCUCAUAUUUAUCCAAGCAUUUUCGAAAAAAUGAGCGUUUCACGCGUAACACAAGUAUUGAGCAAUUCGGUAGCGUCAGGGACUGAGGAUCAUCAUCUGGAGGAAGAAGUAGGAGAACCGCUAAAUGAGCAACUCGUUUUAGAAAAUAUAGAGGUAGGAGGCGAGAAUUUUGCCGAAGAACAAAAUAUAGCUGAGGUACAGGUGCAGCGUUAUUACACUGGCUAUGGUAUUUACCAAAAAUUACUGUGUAAGCUAAAAUGCGACAAAUGCGCCCACAUUAUGAUGAAAACACAAGGAGACUUAAAAUUGCAUUCCGAAGCCCUGAUAAGGUCUAAAAAUUUCACGGAUGACACCGAUUUGAGACUGGUGAAUCCUGAAGACAGGGUAUUCGAAGUGUGUCGCCUUCAGAUGAUGUGGUACCGUCAUCUUUUUGCAAAAUAUGCUCACGUAGGUAAUAUUCGCAAUCUAAUGUUGCCAGUUAUAAAACAAAAAACCGAAGAAGUAUUUCCCCAUUGGUUCGCAAUAUCUGGCGAAUGUCAAGAUCAUCGCAUCAAGCUACUCGAUUUUUUGAUAUAUGUACUGCUAUUCAAAAAUGCGAAAUGGCUUUUACGGCAAGAAAAUACCCAAGUUAGGUGUCAGAAGCGCAACGAUAAACUAAAAAAGUUGUCGUACGUUGCAGGUCAGGGUCCAACAAGAUGUGUAUGA